UACCAUCCCCCAUUCCUUUCCUUGCCAUGAAGAUAAUAUCAUGCGUGGCCGCAAUUUGCUUAGCCUUGUCGGUCAAUGCUGCUCCCACAAAUACAACUACAGAGCUCCCCUCUUUCAGCUUACACUCCAACCAUGAAUUCAAAUUCAAUGCUACCCGCGGUGUUUUGAGCGCACGCACAAAGUAUUCGCGUUUUAUCGAAGGCUCUACCUCAUUCUCGGUUGGCAAGGUUCCUUUGACUGAUUAUUUGUAUGAUAUAAUGUAUUAUGGAAAUGUCACCGUUGGUACACCUCCUCAGUUAAUGCGCCUUGUAUUUGAUACUGGAUCUUCAGAUCUCUGGACAGUCUCAACUAGCUGUGAUUCUUGCGGUUCAAAGCAGAACAAGUUUGAUCCAACGCUGUCAAACACGUACAAAACGACCGAGAAAAGCUGGGAAAUUAGUUACGGUGACGGUUCUACAGCUUCUGGUCUUCUCGGUUAUGACACCGUUCGUCUCGGUGAUUUGGCUAUCAAGGAACAGGGUAUUGAACUUGCAGAGUUCGAAUCUCCUUCGUUUAUGUACAAACCAAUUGAUGGCUUACUGGGCCUGGGAUUCAGUAGCCUUAAUACCCUGAAAAACAUUGCUACACCCGUUGAUAACUUGAUCAGCCAAAAGAUCAUUAGCAAACCUAUUUUCAGUACCUAUUAUGGAAAAGAAGCUAGUGGAGGAGGAGGAGAAAUCAUCUUUGGAGACUACAACCCAAAACACAUUGACGGACCCCUUACAACUAUUCCCGUAAACAAUACCCAAGGUUUCUGGGGUGUCAAUGUAAAAAAUGUCAAAGUUGGUAAAACAUCCGUAGUGACAGCACCAUUUGACGCCAUCAUCGACACUGGAACUACUCUUCUUUUGUUUACUGACGAGGUUGCUCACUCUAUUGCCGCAGCAUAUAAUGCCAUAGAUCGCCGCGACGGUACCUUUAUUAUCGAUUGUGAUACAACCAAUCUCAAACCUCUCCACUUGACAUUGGGAAAGAGACAAUUUACAAUCCCUGUUGAAUCCUUGAUCUUCUACAAUGAACCUGAGCGUUGUACUGCCGGCUUUGGUUACGGUGGUCUGCCUUUUGCUAUUCUGGGCGAUACAUUCAUUAAGAAUCAUUAUAUUAUAUUUAAUCAAGAGAUCCCUAAUGUCAAAAUUGCUCGUAGCAAAUAAAUGACAACUUAAUUUAUUAACUUAUUUAUGUACUAGUUUAUCAAUUUUAAACUUUAUUUCUCUAGUUCUGCUUUCUGCCCUUAGAUAGGCGCACCAGAUCUGUCAAGAAUCUUUGUUCUUUUUUGUAUCUAAAAUAAAUUAUUGUAUAUUAGAGCUC